AAAGUGGAGGUGGUGGUUUCCCCCCCCCAUCUCCCCCGCCCCCAAUUUCACUAUAAAAAUGGACCUUCCAGAAAAAACAAGAUCUCUGUCCAUUAUUGAAGCAGACUAAAUUGCUUUUAUAAACACAAGUUUUUCAAGGAUUAAUCCUCUCCCUUAUUUUUAUGCCAAACAUAUAUUGAUCAAUGAACCAUGGUGUUCACUUUAUGGCAACUGUUCCAUAAUUGUGGAAGAGGAUGAGCAUGUUUUUAAAAUUGGAGGAAGACACAAAUCCUGUGCACUAUGCUGAUACCAUUGCCCUGAUAGUUGAAAAUGCAAAGGUUUGGCAAGUUCUGGUAACAAACGUUAAGAAACAAAAAAAUGGGGCUAAAUUAAAUAUAAAGAGGACCAAUCUCAGUAGAGCCAUCAGUAGAACAAUCUGCCUUAGAACUGGCAGGGAAUAUAUGAAAGUGAGGCGUUGCUGCCUCCUAGGAUCAACCAUCAUAGUCAAGAAAUACGCAAUAGUCUAGGUUGGAGUAAAAAUACUGAAGGCCUUGGAAAAGAGAUUCAGAUGCUCUGCUGUAUCUAGCCCUAUGAAGGUCAGAAUUGUGCCCAGGGAGGCUCUCCCUGUAAUCUUCUAUGAUAGCAGAAGUUGGGAUAGAAAAAGUAUGGAUAACUUUGAACUUUGGGUGUUGGACAAUGUCAUGAACAGCGAAGGAAACCAAUCAGUCCACCAUGGAACAAAUGAAACCAGAGUUCUCACUCAAGGCUCAAAUGGCCCCAUUUCAGGCUCAGUUCUCUGGAAAAGCUCUAAUGUUAGGAAAGGUGAAAGGAAAAAGGAGAGUAAUCAGCAGCAAGCCAGGGGGACUCCGUUGCAGUGGAGAUGGGUGUACCAUUGGAAGACCUGGAGGACCUACUUAGGGACAGAUCUAUCUGAUUACUAAAAGCUGAUGGUGCAUAAUCAGUGUGCCAUUUGAUAAAUCGUUUAGUAUAGACAUAUACUUGUACUUUUUUCAAUUGGUUAAACAUCUCCCAUGGUUUUACCUGGAUAGAAACUGUCAUGAGCAGCUAUUAGAACUCGUGAGCAGGGUUUUCAUUGUUUGGAGUAGAGUAAAUAAAAUUGUGAGAAAGUAGGUUUGUAUUCCUCCAGUGCCUAAGAGGAUUCAUCACUGCAUACGAAAAUGAGGUUUUUUUUGCCCUUGAAAACCUCCCCGCCUUGGACAGAGCCUUCCAUGCCAGAAGCUCCUCCCAACUCCAACCCAUCCUCCGUUCCUAGCCAGGGACUUAAUUCCUUCUUGCCCCUUACCUGUCCCUUCUGCCUUUCAGCCAUGCCAUUUCUGGAUCUCCAAAACCAGCUGGGCAUUAAUCUAGAUCGAUGGAUGCUCCGCCUGAGUAGCAAGCAGCCCUUUCAGCAGCCCAGCGUGUGCCACACGUUUGAGAAGGAGUGGCUGGAGUGUUCGGAAGGCAUUGGGCUGACCCGGGCCAAGGAGGAGUGCCGGCUGGAGGCGGAGGAUCUGCAGGAGUGCAUGACCAAGCGCAAGAUGAUGCAGCGUGUCCGAGCCAUCUUGAAGCAAAGGGACUUAAUGAUUAAGGAGGGGAAGUACACGCCACCCACUGACCAGAAUAAAGACUGAGAGUUUGGCUGUGAUCCCCAGGGAGAAAACCUCCUUUGCUCCCCAGGAGCCAAAGAGCUCUGCUCUUAAGAGAUUACUAAAGAAUGGUUUAGUUGGAAUCUUUCAUUUCUCUCUUUUGGUUUAUAGUCCUGCCCAUGAAUAAAAUUCUUCUUUGGAGCCUGGAA